CAUUUAUUUUUCUCAUUUUUACAUUUCAAUCCAACAUGGAUUGCUCACGCGGCAUUGUCUUACGUGGCAAUGGGUUAUGUGACUAUUUCAACUUGGAUGACAUAAGCCUGAUUGUGUGGCAAACGACUUAAAUAAGAAGAGGCAAUUGCAAAUUAGAUACAGGUUCCUGUUUGGACUGCAGUUUAAGGAAUUCUUUCAUCAUAUUGUCCACUUAUUAUGGAAAGGGAAUCUUUGGGUUCAUAAAAAAUGUCUCUUUAAAGCAGUCAUAUCCUCCUUCAUUGUUCCAAAACAGUCAUGCUAUGGUAGUUAAUUUUUGCUUUGUUCGACGUUCGGUGAGUGAUGCCCUCAAUUAAAGAUGUACUUCUUAGUUGACAUGGAUCUUUUGUGGGAAAGAAAAGAAAGAAAGCGUGAAGAGCAAUUCCUUUGUGUUUAUUUUGGACCUUAUAGAAGGAGAGAAAUAGGAGAGCUUUUUUGAAAACACCAUGAAAGCGAAUUAGGCAAUUAAAUAAUCUUUCAUGUACAUGUUCUUGGAUUAAGUUAAGGAGCACAUAGGAGAUAACUCCUUAUUUUUGUUUGACCUUCUUGUUUGGUUGAGUUGAAAGUAAGGUGAGGGUGUUGUUUCUUGUGUUCCCCUUUACAUUUUUGGCCUUUAGCACCUUUUAUACACCGUGUGUACUUUUGUGCACCCUUUGGGUAGACACUUUUAAUACAUUUGUGAUCACCUAUACAAAUAUUGCAUUUUUUUGAACAAGGUAUGGUUGCAUAAUUUCCCUAAUAAAAUAAGGGAAAAAAGCCAUAGUGUACACUUCUUGUCAGGUUGUCCUUUUGCAGAGAAAAGGUUAUAUAUUAGCAAUUGGGUUGUUUAUUUGAGAGCUGAGAGCUUUUCUCUGUAUAUAGUUUUCUUCUCAAGUGCGGUGCAGCAGCAUCACCCGAUUGUUGUGGGUGGAUUGAGAAAUGGGGAGUGUGGUCAAUCUUGAGGGCAAGAUCUACAGCUGCAAGCACUGCCGGACCCAUCUUGCUCUCAGUGAGGACAUCCUUUCCAAGUCUUUCUACACCGUGAAUGGAAAAGCUUAUCUCUUCAAUAACGUUGUGAAUAUCUCUGUUGGAGUGCAUGAAGAGAAGAUGAUGAUGACGGGAAUGUACACUGUUGCUGACAUUUCCUGUGUUGGGUGUGGAUCCAUUGUAGGAUGGAGAUACGAGACUGCCCAUGAAAAGGCCCAGAAGUACAAAGAAGGAAAGUCUGUCCUUCAACGGAUUAAGAUAUCGGGCCCUGACGGAAGCAACUACGGAAGUGAUGCAGAUGACGCUUGAUUGAUCUUUAUUUUAAAAUGUAUGUUCUUUUAACCCCUACCAUUUUUAUUUGACACUUGGAUUCUGGAAUUGGCAAUUUCUCAUUUCAGUGGUUUUCCUGGCUUGUGCCCAGCUUGACCCAAUAAAAUGGAUGCAGACUUUAUAUUGUUCA